UGCUGGUGACGGGGGACAUGGUGGUAAUUGGUGGCCAGGGGCGAGUGAUCGCUCUAGAGGUUUUAGGGGAACUGUUGGCGCAGCAGGAAAAGCUGGUAAUGGGGGUGGCAUUAGAUUUGUGGGUGAAAGGGGACCUGUGGAAAAGAGUAGACAAAAAGGUCCCAGGGCACCAGAAGAGGCUGUAGGAGUUCCCGGGACUUCUGGGAGGAAUGGGAUACCAGGAAUUCCUGGUGCACCUGGUGUGGCUGUGGCUGCUAGUGAACCUGAGGGAAAUGUGGUGCCUGCAGCAAAUGAAGGAUCCGGCCGUGGGGGUGUUGGAGGUGCUGGAGGGACUGGUGGUGCUGGG